AUGCAGCUUCGGUCCUCUGCAUACGGCGGCAGCCUGGCCCUCCUAGCCCUGUCGCUCUUAGGAGCACAAGUUGUUGAGGCGUAUGCCGUCUCGCGCGCGGCCGACUCUUCGCAAAUUCCCCGUCAACGAGUAAGCCUAAACGCAGAUUGGCGAUUCUGGCACUCGAAGACAAUUCCAGAUAACAUCGUCUAUGAUCAUCGUCCUGACGCAAACGAUUCAGGCCUAGUCGUUCUCAAACCCUGGAUCCUCCCGUCAGGCAACGACUACAUCGAAGACCCAGAUUAUAAGCACGAGCGCCCUUCUCAUGAUCCAGAUAUAGACAUUCCUUAUGUGGACACGGACUUUGACGACAGCGACUGGGAGCCGGUCCGCCUGCCGCAUGACUGGGCGAUCAAAGGACCGUUUUAUACCGGAGAGGACCCUGAGAUAUCCGGCAGUAUGGGCCGCUUGCCUGUGCAGGGAGUGGGAUGGUAUCGUCGAACGCUGCACGUUUCCUCAGCCGAUCUAGAGAAAACAGUCUUCCUCGAGAUUGACGGUGCCAUGUCAUACCCGAUGGUCUGGCUCAAUGGCCAUUUGGUCGGUGGCUGGCCUUAUGGAUAUAACUCGUUCCAGCUUGAUCUUACACAAUACCUAAAGAAAGGAGAGAAUCAGCUCGCCAUCCGCGUUGAGAAUCCUGCAGGGGAUUCCUCGCGGUGGUAUCCUGGCGCUGGAAUCUACCGCAAUGUGUGGCUGACGACGGUCAAUCCUACCCAUGUGGCACACUCGGGUACGAAAGUUACAACGAGGGAUAUUUCGUCAGAAAAAGCAACCGUUGAUUUGCAAAUUCAGGUUGAGAGCAGGGGGCCGAGGAGUGAGGACGUUGAAGUCGUAUCGAACAUCUUUGAGAUUGACAAGAACGGCCGUCGCGGUCGCAAAGUCGAGCAGUUUCCUCGAUGCAUUCUUCGACUACAUGCGGCCAGCAAAGGCUCUGUAUCUGCUUCAACGGCCAUCAGAAAUCCAAAACUGUGGGGUCCUCCACCGAGCCAGUCCCCAAACCUGUACGUUGUGGUCACGCAGCUAUAUUCCGGAAAGCGCUUGCUGGAUACCUAUGAGACUCAAUUCGGGAUCCGCACCCUAGAUUUCGACGCCGAUAACGGAUUAUCAGUCAAUGACAUUCCCCUACGGAUUCAAGGCGUCAACCAACAUCACGAUCUUGGGGCACUUGGUGCUGCGUUCAAUAAACGAGCAGCUCAGCGGCAAUUAGACCUGCUCCGAGACCUCGGUGUGAACGCGAUCAGAAUGGCGCAUAACCCACCCGCCCCCGAGCUCCUCGAGAUGACCGAUCGGAUGGGAUUUUUGGUCGUGGACGAAAUAUUUGACUCGUGGGUAAGGCAGAAGACAGAGUCCGAUUUCCACCUAAUUUUCCUAGACUGGCGCGAACCGGAUCUCCGAUCUUUCAUGCGGCGUGAUCGGAACCACCCAUCUGUUAUCGUCUGGAGCUAUGGAAAUGAGAAUGCAGAGCAAGAGAGCCACGAUGCCUGGACGGCCGAGAUUGCUACGUACCUCCGGGGGAUCGUCGUCCAGGAAGAUACGACCCGUCCAUCCACAGGCUCGAUGCAUCGGUCGGGUCCUAAUAGCCUGUACACCGACGUGGUAGACAUCAUAACUCUCAAUUACCAAGGCGAAGGCACGCGCUAUGGACCUGCCUAUUCGCAUUUGGACGGAAACCGCAAGCCACCACAAUACUCGGGAUUCCACGAGGCGCAUCCCGACAAGCUCAUCAUUGGUAGCGAAGUGGCAUGGUCGCUCAGUAGCCGUGGCUCGUUCCUAUUCCCGGUCACGAAUUAUACAAGCGCACCGGUAAACGACACGUCUGGUGGAAAUUCAACUUCUCUGGAGAUCUCUGCGUACGAGUUAUAUUCGGCCGAUGCCGGCUCGUGUCCAGAUAGAGUGUUUUCAACGCAAGAUGAGCACCCUUUUGUGGCCGGGGGCUUUGUCUGGGCGGGAUGGGACUACCUGGGUGAGCCGUAUCCGUACGGUGAAGCUCGAAGCGCGUAUUCUGGCAUCAUUGAUCUUGCCGGGUUCAAAAAGGAGAGGUUCUUUCUCUACCAGUCACGUUGGCGGCCCGAUUUCCCAAUGGCUCAUAUCGUUCCACACUGGACGUGGCCGGAGCGGAUUGGAAAGGUAACGCCGGUCCAUGUGUUUACCUCUGGCGACGAGGCUGAGCUCUUCCUCAACGGUAUCUCCCAAGGGAGAAUCCACAAGGAACCAUUGACCUACCGUUUCAGAUGGGACCAUGUCGUCUACAAGCCCGGCGAACUACACGUCGUCACCUACAAAGACGGUCAUAAAUGGGCGACAGACACCGUUCGUACGGUGGGAGAAGCGACAGGCCUUCGUGUUACACCGGAUAGAGACCAGAUCGCCUCGGAUGGCGAAGACCUCUCUUUCGUGUCCGUGGAAGUCGUCGAUGCCAAGGGAAGUAUGGUUCCGGAGGCAGACAGCUUUAUCCGUUUCUCGGUGUCCGGGCCAGGGGAGAUCGUGGCAACCGAUAAUGGUUUCCAAGCCGAUUUUACUCCUUUUCCGUCCGAUAAGCGAAAGGCUUUCAAUGGACUUGCUCUUUGCAUUGUUCGGGCUAAGGUAGGUGCGUCGGGAAAAAUUACGGUCAAGGCUGAGAGCGAGCGUCUCAAGGCGGCGGAAGUUAUUAUUGAAACACGCUAG